AUGACUAAGGGAACAGCCGCCACAUGGUCACAAGCGUACUAUACUAAGAUAAACAAUAAAAUCAUCGAAAAAGCACGCCUAACCAACGCAAACAAACCUGCGGAAGCCGCUUUAAUUCAGCCAUGGGGAACGUAUGAUGACUUCCAACAAGAAUUCUGGCAAGCUUUCACUGCCCACGAUACGCAGAAUGCAGCCAGACUCAAGCUACAAACCCUAAAACAAGCGAACAUCCCAAAUAAGAACAUUGACACGUUCAUAUCAGAAUUCCAGAUGGUGUCUACCGAAAGCGGAAUUACGGACGAAAACGCACUCAUUGACUGGUUUGCUAUGGGACUACUGCCUCCUAUUAGCAAAGCCAUUCUCAACCGAGAAUCACCCCCUGCAACUUUAGCAGGAUGGAUACAAGCAGCUGCAAAAACAAGCACCAAUCAGAGACGCCUCAUUUCAUUGAUCUCAGGAUCCACUCCGGUCUAUGCCCGAAACAAUGGAUUCACAUCACAAAACAACAAUAAUAAUAGAAACAACUCCCACACUAACCAUAAACCAGCUCGCGAUCCCAUGGCAAUGGAUAUUGAUGCGGUACGCCUAACUAAGGAGCAGGAACAAGAACAUCGCCAAAAGGGGCUAUGUUUCAAAUGCCACAAACAGGGACACAUGCAAAAUGAUAGGGAAUUCCAUCCCCGCACCAAUAACCAAGGUGGACAGGGGAACCGAAACAACGGAAAUAACAACUGGAGGAACCGACAGAACCCAUCCACCCAAGUAAUGUCGAUGGAACGCCCAAUCGAAGGAUAA